AUGAAGAAUAUUUCUACUACGACGCCGGAUAAGUCACCAACAAUUAAACAGUCACAUGUAACAUUUGAAACAAGUGACUUAGGUAAAACAAUUCAUCGUAUCAAUGCAUUGCCAAUUAAUAUACAAGAUCAUGGUGAUCAUUGGAAACGAAUAACCAAUUUAGCAGAACAAUCAAAUCUACCGAUGACAAUGUAUAAACCAACAAAACGACGUUCAUCCGAGUUAUCUGGAACUAGUGGAAAAUAUGAUUCUCAACAAUCCUCUAAGACUAGAGCAAGUUAUUCAAGUGGAAAAACUAUGAAAGAAUCGAAUAAACUCAUUGAAGAAACAGAAGAACAAGAGGCAAAAUACAAUAUUUUUGAUAGAUACACUGAAUUUGGUGGAAUUAAAUCUCAAGAAAGAGAAAAACCUAAAGAAAAUGAAAGUGAAAGAGAUAUACAAUUCAGCCGAAAAUUAGAUCAAACUAAGCUCAUUUUACAUACAAAUCAUUCAAUCAGAAAACAAUUGUUAAAUAUUAAAGAUCAUCCUAAAUCUCAAACAUUUCCAGAUAGACAACUUUAUAUUUAUGUGAUAGCUGAUCCAACAGAUAUGCGAAUUGAAUUAACCAAUUUACGAAUGUAUGUUUGGCCAUAUUUACAAAGAAUUUGUAAUGAACGUGGUUUCACAUUGAAUAUCAUUGACGACACAAUGGAUACAGAUAUUGAACCACGUAAUCAAUUGAUAACUCCACAGAUGAUGACGACAACACCAACACCGACACCAACAGCAGCAUCAAACGAUUUGACAGACGAUUAUGAAUUCAAAGAACAUUUAUCUAGAAGAAUAAAACAAAAGAAUUUUUUAAAUUGUUUAAUUUUAUUAUCAAAUCGUUCAGUUGGUCCAAUUGUUCAGUUACCAAAAUAUCUUCCAAAUAGUUUAAUCAAACAAAUUAAACAUUAUGCAUUAGAAGAAAUUGAAGAGAUCAAAUCAGAAAUAACUAGGUUAUCAGAAAAAUUGCCUGGAUUUGAUAGUCCACGUCUACAACGUCGUCUAUCGAAAUAUUUAAGUUCACAAACAUCAUUGGGGUCAUUGCCAGAAGAGGUAACAAUUAAACAACCUAAUCUAUCCCCUGUAAGUGAUGUGACAUCAAGUAAACGAACCAUUUCGAAAAUUUCCAAUAUUACACCAAUUCAAAUGACACAAAUUGAAGAUGCAAUACGUCAAAAAAGUGAAAUAAUUCGUACAUUGAAUCCAGAUAUUUUAGACAAAUGGUAUCGUCCUAUUCCAAAUUCUCAAUUAAAUAUUUCUUAUUUACAAUCAGUUAGCCAUAUUCUACCUGGAAUCAUAUGUUUCGAUGAUCAGAAUAUACGUCAAGCUGAAUUAAAAUCUUGGCUAAAUGAUUCACAUAGAAUACGAUGUUUACUUAUGCGUUUUGCUAAUCGAGAUCAUCAAAUCACUGCUUCAUCCAACACUACAUAUCGUUUAUCUGAUAUGGAAAUUACAACACCGAAUACUGAAACAAUUCAUUCACGUAACGAUUCUAUGCCGCCUAAUUCAAGUAGACCAACUGAUAUGUCUGAAAAAUUAUCUAACGACGUAGAAGAAAAAUAUGCUACUUUUCAGUCAGAAAUUGAACGUAAAAUUGAGAUGAUUUUAGAAAAUGAUGAAUUAAAUUCCGAUUGUUUUGUUCAUAUACGCCAUCAUCAACAACAUGAUUCCAAAAGAAGUCAAUUGAAACAUUCAUCUAAUGAGAAUGAGAAUUCAAUUAGUACAACAGAUUGGUGGAGAUCACGUUCCAUGUCAUUAGUAUCAUGGUCAACUAUACGUUCAGUGGUCAAUACUACUAGUCCAUUUAGUAGUAGUACAUUGAAUUCAAUGAAAAAUGAAUUUCUUUCUAAUGCUUUUGAUGUGUCAUUAACUAGAGCUAAAUUACUUGUAAAUUGGGCAAGAUUAAAAGUACCAGCUAAUAAUCAAUUUUAUUAUGAAUUAGAAAAAUCCGCAUUGAUCACAUUGAAUGAUCAAAUUCAUUGUACACAAUCAUAUUUAGAUCCAAUCAAUUUCCAAGAACAUUCCAUCUAUUUAAAUGAUAUGUGUCGUAAUUUACGUAAUAAAUUUAGUCAAAGUUUAAUUAAUGAAAUGAAUCGACGUGAUUUAAUCGAUAUGGAAAAUUUAAACAAUUUUCAUCAUCAUCAUAAUAAGAACAAGAACAAGGGAAAAAUUGUUAAUUCUGCAUAUCAAUGGUGUUUAGAAUUUGAAAUAACCGCUCAUUUAGAAAUGAUGGAAAGAUUGUCAUCAUUGUGUAUUGCACGAGAAGAAACCCUUACACAAUUGUAUGAUUUAAUUUACAAACACACAGUGAAUUGUCAAACAAAAUCGGAUGCCAAUACUGACUAUUUCAAAUUUAUUCAUAUUACUGGAGAAUCUGGCAGUGGAAAAUCUGUCCUGUUAGCUUGUUUAACUAAAAUGUUAUCAACAAAAUCAAUGAAAGUUAAUGAUGAUUCACUUGUAAAUCCACGUGUCAUUUACAGAAUGAUUGGAUCUUCAACAAUGUCAUUGAAUCUAUUGAAUUUUCUAGGUUAUUUAUGUUUUGAACUUUCAACACAAAUGAAUGAUUCAAAUAUUGCUGAUACUUAUGACGGAUUACGUACAGCUUUUCAAACAGCUAUCAUUGAAGCUUCAUAUGAACAAUCAUCUCAACAACCAUUAAUUAUUAUUUUGGAUGGAAUUGAAAAUUUAGAAGAAUGUAAACAACGAAAAAAUGAUUUUCCUAUUUCAUGGAUACCAUUCCAUUGGAUCACAUAUAAAUCAAUUUUAAAUUGUCCUGUGGUUUUUAUAUUAUCCUCUAUAAAUAAUCCUAACGAAAUAGCUUAUUUUAACAAACUGAUUGAAAAUAAAAUUCAUCGAAUCCUGCCAUUGAACAAUCAUAAUAAUAACGAAAAUUAUCAACAAAUUUCAUUGACACACCUUGAUUUCAGUAGUAUAGAGAAAUGUAUUAAAAUUUGGUCACCACAAAAUGACCAUGAUGAUAAUCUAUUAACAUUAUUGAAAUCAACAAAUACACUACUACAACCAUUACAAUUGAAAAUUGUUGUUCAAUUGUUCAAUUAUGCUCAAAAUGAAUUGCAUCAUAUGUUCACCACUACUAAUAAUACUGAUUCAAACAAACUUACCAAUGAUCAAUUUUAUAGUCUGUUAUUAAAAUAUGCUGAAAAAUUCUAUGGUACAAAACGUGUCCAAUUAAUACUUGGACAUUUAACACUAACAAGAUGGGGUUUAACCGAUGAAGAUUUAUUAAAUCUAUUUUGGUGCGGUUUAUUACAUUUUAAUCAAAUGACAAAAUCUAUCCGACCGUUACAUCAUCAACAUCAACAUCAACCUCAUUCAAACUAUCAAAGACAUUCAAUACAAGAUAUUGAUAAAGAUUUAUUAUUAUUAUCAGUGUUCAAUGAUAAAACAGAUCGUGUUUACAUUACACGUCAUUGGUUUUAUCGAUUUCUGUAUGAAUUCUUAUAUCCGUUGGGUAUGUUACACAACACCACAAGAUCACCUCCAUAUGGUUGUUAUCAGUUAUGGAAUAUUAGUCAACAAUCAUUUCGUCUAUGGUUAGAACAUUAUCAUUUAAAUCAUAGCAUGAAAAUAGAAUUACACACGUUACAAGUUAAUACAUUUUAUAAUCAACAUAAAAUUACAUCAAUUUGCCAAACGCUGACUAAUUGGCAUCCACAACAAUAUUAUAUUCAUUGGAGAUGGUGCUAUGAAGUACCAUAUCAUUUAUCAAAAUUAAAACAAAUUAAACAAUUGAAAACAAUUUGUUUUUUAAAUCCUUUGUGGUUAAAUAUGAAAUUACAAUUGAACGCGUUUACAGAUUUACAUGAAUCAUUCAGUUUACAAAAUAUACUAGAUGAAUUUGGCGCAUGUUUAUUCAUUGUUCAAUGUUGUUCAAUUGAUCAAUUAAAACAAAAACAACCGCCAAAAAAUCUUCAAUUGAAAACUGAUCAACCAGGCCCUCCAACAGAAUUAUUCACGCAACAUAUCAUAACAUGUUUAGAAAAUAAUCCUGAUAUUACUAUGAUUCUAGGCAUUUUCAUUCAAUGGAGAGAUAAAUUAACACGUAAUCCUAAUUUAUUAAAUAGUAUACUGCUGAAUAGUUUUAAAGAUAUUGACAAUGUUCAAUGGUUCAAUGAAGACGAUUUGAACAUUGAACAAAAUCAAUCACAAUUGAUAAAUACAUUGGAUAAAAAUAGUCUUAUACAAAAAUCAUUAAAUUAUCUUUUAGAUAAUAUAAAAAAAUAUAAUUUACUUAGAAAUAUUCAAAUACCAACAAUGAUGAAUUUUAAAUUACCGCAUAAUUUAUGUACAACUAAUCAGAUUGUGAAUAAUUUAACAUGUAAAUAUUAUGGUAUCAUGUUAUCGAAUACAGGUAUAACAUGUUCACAAAAAACUAUACAAAUCAAUGCUAUAGCUUAUUCCAAAUCCAAGUGUUACAUCGCGAUAACUGCUAAAAAUCUAGUGAAUUUAAACAACACAUUAGAAAUAUGGAAUAUUGAACAUGAUUUCAGACAGUUUUUUGUUUAUCUUGCUUGCGAUACAAUACAAACUAUUGAUCAAUUAAUAUGGAUUACAUCGAAUGAUGAUGCAAUAUUGGGCAUUGAAUCACCAAGUCAACGAGUUGUAAUUUGGCCAUUGAAUUUAAACAAAUCCGAUUCGCGUACACUAUUAUGUAAUCAAUAUUAUGUAUUAUCUGAUGAUAUGCAUAACCCGUUAGAUGUAGGAUUAUGUAAAGUGAGAGAAACUUGUACUGUACACAUUGUAGAGAAUGAGCAUCACACUAUAGCAUAUAUUAUUAUAUUACAACAAGGUAUUUAUAAAUUAUCAAUAUGGUUAUGGGAACCUAACAGUUCUAGUCAUUCAAUAAAACAAAUAUUUGGACCAAUCAGUUUAAUUCAUCCAUCCAAUCAGAUCAUUGGUAAUCAAUACAGUUAUAAACCAGACCAACGAAUUCAACAACGUUCAAUGAGUUUACCAAAUCCUGUGAAAUCAUCAACUACAGAAUUAUUUUUAACAGGGAAUAUUUAUCAAAAUAUUCAACUCUACAUAGUAUGUGGUGUCAGAGGUGAAUCACAUGCUGUCAUGUUCAGUAUUCAUUUAAACAAACAACCAAUGUUGAAUUAUGAAUUUGAUUUAAGCCAAACGCCGAUUGAAACAAAAUUAUUACAAUGUCCAAAUCAAGGUACACGUUUAUUGGGUGUACAUAGUGAAUUAGGUCGACCAAUUAUAUUAGUAAGUCGUUCACCAUCAAAUAAUGUCGUGGCGCAUGAAAAUGUUGUGAUUGGUUGUAUUGAUUUAUUUGAUGAAGGAACUGGUGAAUUUAUACAACGUAUUGAAUCCAACGCCGAUGACAAUAUAUUCAUACCAAUGGAACCAUGUUCAAGAAUAUUUGAUUUGUUAACUUAUGCGCCUUUACCAAAAUUAUAUAUGUAUUAUGAAUUCGCCAAUAAUCAUUUCAUUACGAUGAUACAAAAUUAUUCAAAACGUUCAAAAUGUAAAUUUUCUCAUCAAUAUCCUUAUAAUACUACUAAUUAUGAAAAUAUAAGUAGUAGUAUGGAAAUAGUCAUGUGGGAUUUAAAUCAAUCACUGGCGUAUAGUAUUAAACCAGCACAAUUAAUACCAUACAUAAUUGAUAAUCAUUGUACAUUUAUUGCACCAUAUACUAUAUCAAUAAGAAAUUUAAAUCAAAUUAGUAUGGUAAAACCAAUUUUUGAAGAAAGCGGUUAUCGUUUGUACAAUGGUGAUUCAAUGAUCAAUAAUAUUCAUGCUAAUGAUGCAUUCAAUUUGAAAUCAAUUUCAUUGCAAAAUCAGAAUACCCCAAAAAUGAUUAGUUCAAUUUAUAUCAUUGAAGAUUUAUAUGGGGAUUAUGCAAGUUUUAUUAGUUAUCAUCAUGAAAAUAAUGAAAUUUUCAUUGGAAUUAUGUCAUUUUCAAUGUAUAACAAUGAUCCGAUCGAUAAAAGUGAUCAUGAUGAUGAUUGGUCAAUACAAUAUUUACUAGUGAAACCUUUUAAUAAUAAUAAAGUUGAUUCGUGGAGUACAAAAGAUCAAUUUGUAUUUAAUGGACAUUUGUUGAUUACAUUGGAGAAGUUGGAAUAUUCUGUUGUAGUGGAAGAAUGCAAGUAA